UCGAGUCAGAGGAGGGCAACGCCAGUCAGUUAGCAUAGCUACUAGCAAUGGCUUUUCACAACAACACCGCUGCGCUUCAUUGCUGUCAUCCGAACACCAUCCACGAGUGUUUCUGCACAUGAUAAUCUAACAGCCGCGGAACAAUCCAGGAGACUCUCUUUCUUUGCGACAGAAAGCGCUUUCACAGUCAGUAUGCGAUGGGGACAGACAGCCGUGGAUGUUUACACGCAUCUCUGCAGGCGGCUGCUGCUAAACCAGAGGAUGCUGCUAGGCUAGCGAGCUAGGCCUUCACAUCCCACAGCAAACAUUGUAAACUGAACCAGACAGCAAGCUGAAAUCAAAGUAGCAGCUGUAUUUGCACUUAAACCAGAGUUUUGAGCGAUAGAUCAACUCUUGAUUAAGUUUAAAUCUCUAGCGAGCGCUGUGCUUUUGUUUGUUGUUAGUCCUAGCUGCUAGCCAGCUAGCUGAAGCUCGAGCAGCCAGCCAAGCCACUUAAUUUCUAAGACUGUCGAUCAGGGGCGUUGGAUUUCUCCAAUACGAUUUAAAGGCGGCAGGUGGAGCAGAUUGGAUUGGCGUGUGGAGAGCAUUGUUGACGGGUUGUGUGUUGAUGCUACACCUCAGCAGGGUGAAUGUGGGACAAAAUGGAGACCCCAAAGAUUCUGUACGAUUUGGACACGUCUGGGGGCCUAAUGGAGCAAAUUCAACAGCUUCUUGCGCCUCCACGCUCCGAGGAUGGAGAGAAAAGACGGAAACCAGAGAGGGAGACUAGAAGAGGAGGCAGAGCCACUAAUCAUGACACCUGUGAUAGCUGCCAUGAAGGAGGAGACCUGCUCUGCUGUGAUCACUGUCCGGCUGCUUUCCACCUGCAAUGCUGUAAUCCACCUUUAAGUAGAGAGAUGCUUCCCCCUGGUGACUGGAUGUGUCAUCGCUGCUGUAUGCGCAAGAAGAAGCGUGAGCAGAAGACCGAGCAGGUGAAUGGAGUGUUUGAGCGGCAGUUAUCAAAGCAUUCCUCCUCUCCUGCACCGGAGCUGGAGCUGGGCACGCUGCGUCUAGAUGGUCUACCUUCUGCCUCAUCAGGAGGCCUGAGGCUGGCCGUGGCGCAGGUCCGACUUCUCGAUCGCCGGGCAAGCAGUCGCCCUGGCACACCCACCUCCAAUGCAUCUACUGAUACGCUCACACCGUCAGAACACAAUGAUGUGGAUGAGUACCUGAUGGACGGGGAAGAGGAUGUCCACUGCUCCGAGUCUGAGAGUGUCAUGCCUCGUCUGAAGAAACCUUUCCAGCUGCUGAUCGCUGCGGCCAUGGAAAGAAACCCCACACAGUUCCAACUACCCACUGAGCUUACAUGCACCACUUCACUGCCAGGCAGCAGUAAGCGCAGAAGGAAGGAGGAGGCUAUAGGCAAGAAUGUGAAGAGGCCACAACAUGAACUGGAUCCCAGUGGGCUGGUCCCUCUGCCAGUGAAAGUGUGUUUUACCUGCACCAAGAGCUGUAGGGUAGCUCCUCUGAUCCAGUGUGAUUACUGUGCGCUCUUGUUCCACAUGGACUGCCUGGAUCCCCCUCUCACUGCCAUGCCCACUGGGAGAUGGAUGUGUCCCAACCACGUAGAGCACAUGGUGCUAAACCAGAAGAACAUGACCCUCAGCACACGUUGCCAGCUCUUUGAUCAGUUCCAAGACCGACUGUCUCAGCACGCUGUAAAAGUGGACUUCCUUCGGUGGGUUCACCGUCAACACCAUCCCAACCGCAGAGGUGUUCGGCACAUCAAAAAAAAGACUUUAAAGGUCCCCAAUUCAAUUAAAAGUCACUACCAAAACCCCCCUGUGCUGGUGGAUCAAGUGGGCCUUCGCAACGGAGAGCUGAGCACAAAUUGUUUCAUGGAGCAAGAACAUUCUUCACCCGCCCAGCAUCUAACCAGCGUGGAGGAACAAGAGGAGUGGCUUCGGCAUGUCAUUGCACUUCAAUGCAGUAUUAUGAAACAUUUAUCUGCCAAGCAGAUGUCAUCAUCCCACCAGGACUUGGAGCACACAGACAUGUCAGACAUGAAGACUCAGAAGUGUGUGGAGACACAAGAGCUCUGCCUCCAGCCCAGCGGUACACCAGUUGGCCCCCGAGGGGCCCCUUUACUGCACUCUCAAGCACCUGAUCAGCCCAAAAGACCUUGUCAGGGUGAUGCUGAUAGUCCAGUGGGGAAGGGUGCAGGAGUGAAUGGACCUGUGGUGUGUGAGGAUGAAGCCCCACACAAGCCCUGUAGCCCCUCUAAACCACAAACUCCAAUCGUCACAGAACCAGCCCUGCCCAAUCAUGUAGACAUAAAGACUGAGAGCAGUAGUCUCCUCAGCUCCUGUACACAGAGAGAUAUUACUUCAUCUACCAGCCUUGCUUCAGACUCGCCUGCCCUUCAUCAUGGCUCAGCUGUAGGAAAUUCCUCAGGGCUGAACAGCAGCUUGUCAGCUCAAACUAAAGAGAACAAGGUGAGCCCUGAUGUAAUGUCUGUUGGGAAAGGCUCUGUACUCCCCUCCUCAAUAGGCAGCUUAUAUAGCUACAUCAAGAAUGCUGUUCAAGGUGAUGGAGAAGUGGAGAUAAACAUGCUGGAUGAAGAGUUGAUCAGACUGCUGGCCUGGCAGAGGAUCCAGCAGCUCAUUUCCCCCAAAUCAUCACUUCAAUCUUUGAGUAAAUGUGGGAUCUCUCCAGCUGUCACUGCCUCUCUGUCCAAACCCUCCCUUCAAACAGAUGCACAAAAAAGGGACGUGCAAUCUCGAGCAGUACUGUGUCCUUUAACAGGAAAGGGGACAGCUGUUAGCAUGUGCUAUAGGACUCUUUACAUAGGAACAGGUGCUGAAAUGGAUGUGUGCCUUACAAACUAUGGCCAUUGCAAUUAUGUUUCUGGGAAACAUGCCUGCAUCUUUUAUGAUGAAAACACAAAGCAUUAUGAGCUUCUGAACUACAGUGAGCAUGGGACAACGGUAGAUAAUGUGCUUUACUCAUGUGACUUCUCCGACAAACCGAACAUUACUUCACCCAGUGGACUUGCAUCCAAAGUACAAAACAGCAUCAGAGGUAAUAGGUCAAGGAAGCCACUUGGGGAGGUGUGCACAGAGGCGGUGUUGAUGCCUGCAGGUGGCAUGAUGAGUAGCCAGGCUCAAGGAGGAUCCAAGUCUCCCUGCAACUGCAAAGCUAGCAGCUCCAGCCUGAUAGGGGGCAGCGGAGCUGGAUGGGAGGGCACCGCAUUGCUCCACCACAGCAGCUGCAUCAAAGUGGGCUGCAUGCAAUUCCUAUUCAGCAUCACAGAGUUUGCUAACAACCAGCCCAAAAAGGAGAUGACGUCCACCAUUCGUAGCCAAGAAGAGACUGAAGUGGUUGACAUACAGACUCCCAAACUCCACCAAAUACCAUUGCUAAAGUCCAAGUCUGUUUCAUAGCCCCUGCUUUCCCUUAAAAAAAAAAAAAAAAAAAAACAA